AUGGCAGAUAAGCUCGUGGAAUGCCCUGGAGAUGCCAAACACCUACCAUCCACGUCACCGACCACGACGACAACGCGGGCCUGGCCACCAGUGGAGACGCGCAGCCGGGCACCUGAGUUCUAUGGCUUUGUAGCCUGGACAUCGACUUAUAUCCUCUUUGUGGUCUAUCUAUUAUGGGCUAUCUUACCCGAUGACUGGAUUGUAUGGUUUGGCGUAACAUGGUACCCCAAUCGAGAAUGGGCUAUCCUGAUACCCUCCUGGACGGUUAUGGCAGUUUUGUUUACAUAUUUCACAUAUAUGACUCUGGCUUUGGCUGGUACGCCUGCUUUCGAUGAGGCGAGGAGUAUCACAGACGACUACACUAUAUACCCCAAGUGGGAGGAUGGCCGCAACGCAUACCUAGAGUCCACCAAACCUGGUGCAGUCCCCGAGCUCUACGACAUCCCAAUCGGCAUGGUCAACCGAGUGCUAUACCAACGACCUCGAGGAACGCAUCUUACAAAAGAUAUCAAUCGAAAAGAGAAGGAGCUCUGA